GGGAGUGGCUCUUUGAUGCCUGCCGAAAGCACCCUGUCCUACACCCGGAUGGAGAAGUACGAGAAGAUUGGGAAGAUCGGCGAGGGCUCGUAUGGCGUCGUCUUCAAGUGCCGGAACAAAGACACGGGGCAAAUAGUCGCCAUCAAGAAGUUUGUGGAGUCUGAGGACGACCCGAUCAUAAAGAAGAUCGCCCUGAGGGAGAUCCGGAUGCUGAAGCAACUGAAGCACCCAAACCUGGUGAACCUGAUUGAAGUUUUCAGACGGAAGCGCAAGCUGCACCUGGUGUUCGAGUACUGCGACCACACCGUGCUCAACGAACUGGACCGCUACACCAGGGGGGUCCCGGAGCACCUUGUGAAGAGCAUAACCUGGCAGACCCUGCAGGCCGUCAACUUCUGCCACAAACAGAACUGCAUCCACCGGGACGUGAAGCCAGAGAACAUCCUCAUCACCAAGCACCAGGUCAUAAAGCUGUGCGACUUCGGGUUCGCCCGGAUCCUCACCGGCCCCUGUGAUUACUACACGGACUACGUGGCGACACGCUGGUACCGGGCCCCUGAGCUGCUGGUGGGGGACACGCAGUACGGGCCCCCCGUGGACGUCUGGGCCAUCGGCUGCGUCUUCGCCGAGCUGCUCUCUGGCGCCCCCCUGUGGCCGGGGAAAUCAGACGUGGAUCAGCUCUACCUCAUCAGGAAAACGCUGGGAGAUCUCAUUCCCCGGCACCAGCAGGUCUUCAGCAACAACCAGUUCUUCAGCGGAGUGAGCAUCCCGGAGCCGCAGGAGAUGGAACCCCUGGAACAGAGAUACCCAAAUCUGUCCCAUCAGGCACUGGGGCUGAUGAAGGGCUGCUUGCGCAUGGACCCAUCAGAGCGGUUGCCCUGUGAGCAGCUGCUGGAACACCCGUACUUCGACAGCCUGAGAGAGGAGACGGAGAGCACCCUGCGCGAGCAGGACCGCUCUACCAAGAGGAGGUCCCGGCUGCCGCGCAAACACCUCCCGCCCGGGUAUCUGCCUCAGCUCACCAGCAGCAACAUUCUCCCAGCCCUGGACAACAAGAAGUACUACAACAACCUGCGCAAGUUCAACUACCACUUCCCCAACAUCUAAAUGCUCUGCUUUCAAUCGAUCGGGAGGAGCAAAGAAUAAAUAAAACACUUCCGUAAUCUCACAUUUCAAGUACAAAAUCCAGGAAAAGCAGCCAUUGUGGAAAUAAUAUGAUUUCCCAGUGGGCAGAUUAGCUGAACCGAGGUUUUAGUCACAUGACCACAUUGUGACCAAUUAUAUGCACCCUGGCAGCUUUUCAUAAGAGACUCUUUUGGUCUUGGGUUUCGCGUAUCUAUUUUGCCCUUUUUCCCCCCCAAUGUAAAUGACAAGGAGCCGCUCGCAGCUCUGCUGGUAGACCAGGCAGAACGGGGAAACUUGAUAGCAUACUGCCUUACCCAAUUUGCCAAAUAUGUCGUUAAUAGUGAAAGAUAUAUGCAUCGGUCUGUCAUCUCGUUCCCUGUUGGUAGCCCCCUCGUUAAGGUUUGGAGCGUAGGUGUAGGCGAAAGGUUGAAUCCCCACUCGUCAAUCCAAAACGAAGGGUGCUGCACAAUGUGAGGAAUGAUUAAUCCAGAACGUAACUUGUCUUGUUUGUCGUCUGUGGACCUUAGGCACAGUUCUCUCUUUCUCUCUCUCCCCCCUUGUUAAUGUGUAGCAAUAUUUCCAACAGGCCCGAGAUGACGCACUGUUCUGUCACACGGAGUAGCACUACGUAACCGUAGUGAUAUUGGCCCUUGUCUGUGUCACUGUUGCCCGUUUAUAGUUUUCCCCAAAUUUUAUUGCAAGCUACCGUACUGUUACUCCAGACAGUUUUAAAAAGAAUGUCAAAAAAAAGAUGGCAGCAGUACAAUGUAAACAAUAACAACAAAAGCGAGGUCAUAUCAUUUUCAUAUAUACAUCAUAUUACAUCAUACAUCAUACACAUAUUAUUUCCUGGAGACUGGUGCUACUGUAAGAGUAUUUAGUUAUUUCAUCUCCUUCUUUAUCUUACCAAAUGCCAAAUUAUUACAAAAAUAAAUAAUAAUAAUUUGAAUUCUUAACCAAUGAACCACUGGAAAUCUCCACUGUCUUUGUGUGCACAAGUGUAUAUAAACAUAGUGUGUCUGUAUUUUGAUGUACUUUUCUAUGAAGUAAUAUUUAAUACCUGGUAGGGUAAUAAAUGGUAGGGGAAACAAAUCAGUUUUUUUGUUGUUGUUGUUUUUUUGGCAGACAAUUCGAAUAAAGUGCCGUUAAAAGGAA